AUGCGUGCAGCAGAAACCGGCGUUGAUCAAGGGCCAGCCGGACGAACACGUUGCCUCUUCUCUACCGACCUAUCCCUUCGGCAACUACCCUCUGCUGUUGCUCGAGGGCCUUCUGUGCAUCAGGCUGAACUUGUACCAAUCGUGGACCACUACCGGCUUUCGGCCGACUGCUGCAUUCGGAAAGGCAUCGACCGACAAAGGAUGAUGGAAGAGUCCCCUCGCAUGAGUCUCCAUCCGUUUCUCCUGACGCGUCCUCGUCUAGCUCUUUUUCCUCCUUGA